UUCUAGUGUCAUAAAAACUCGAUAAAUCGCGAAAAGUUUGGGAACUUAAACUCGGCGAUACAAUAGAUUACAAUUACCCGCGUGAUCGCGAACUUGAUGAAUUUCUUGCAUUGCGCAUUCGCGCGUUCGACGCGAUUGCUUCUCGUGAACGCAACGGAAAAGGCACAGACGACUUCCAAAAAGAAAACUCUCGCCUUACAUACCGCGUCUACUGUUCCGUUUUCAUGCUCAUUGUACAAGGCGAACUAUCUAUUGUAUCAAUGUUCUACAUUUCUCAAGCAAACUCCAUCCCAACGUUGUGAAUUCAUUAAAAAUCAGAAACGUUGUGUAAACUGUUUCAGUACGAAGCAUUCCGUAAAAGAUUGUAAAAAUCCUCGCGCGUGUCGACAGUGUAGUAAAAGCAUCACACAUUAUUGCAUUUCGAUCAUUCCGUUCAGUCUACGCUAAGCUACGUCUGUACCAACAAGUAGCGAGAGUUCCCGCCGUCGCUAUUAUUAUCGCAUUUAUUGUCGAAAACCGUAGCGCCGAUCUCAAAAUCUUGCUCGCUACGGCAUGUACGGCUCGUACGAGUUCAUUCGCGCGCUCUUCGAUCAGGGAUCCAUCUCUAUGUUUAUUUCCGAAUCGCUUGCUCAAUGCCUACGUCUUGCGAGAAUUAAUCGCUUCGUUUACCGAUAUUAGUGAAAUGCGAUCCGUGCGUCACGCCCAAAUCACGAUUACCCCGACGCAUCGCGACGGACAUGCCUAUACUACGACCGCAUUUAUACUGCGAUCACUAACGAAAUAUCUACCGGAUCGAGUCGACACUGCGCUGGAAACAUGUCGCAGGGCUUGCCGAUCGUGACCCCAUGAGUUCGGAUCCGAUCGACAUCAUAAUCGGUGCCGAUCUAUUCGGCACACUCGUUCUCGACGUCUUCGAAAAGGCUCCGAACAUGAGCCCAUCGCCCAAAAUACGACUUCUGAGUCAUUUUCCGUGCCUGUGCAUCACGAAGUAAUUAUUGAGACUCUCGAUCGCGAUCUUCGUCGCUUCUGGGAAAUCGAGGAAAUGUACCUCAGGAAGCUCCGCGGAACCCUGAAGAACACCAGUGCGAAGAGUAUUUCAAAGUCAUACAUUCACGCCUGUAGGACGUUAUAUUGUUCGACUAUCGUUUAAAAACGGACCACCUAUCUUGAUAGGCGAAUCACGCUCUAUCGCCAUUUCAAGCCUUCAUCGCUUGGAACAACGCUUAAUUCGCGAUUAAUGCUUUCAUAUGAUCAAAAGUCCACCGACGAAAAUCAUCAAACCAGAGCAAAACUAUUACAUUCCGCAUCAUGCUGUCUUACGUGAUAGCAGUGCAACCACCCGCUUACGAGUGGUCUUCAAUGUUACGUGCCGUAAAGUGGCGCAUUGUCCAACUGGCUAAAAUACGCCAAAUCGUUCUUGUGCGUAACCCUCUGGCUGCACCGAGCCAAUGGGAACUUGGCCGGAUUACGGCGUGACAAUCAUCCCGGCGAUGACAAUCUAACUCGCAUCACUGUAAAAACAGGGCGCUCCGAAUAUAAGCGACCGAUUGCGAAACUCUGCUUUCUACCCAUCCAUCAAUUCCGAAGAAUCAAAAGAUUCCGUCAUGGCGGGCGGAUAUCCGGUAAACGUACUUGAUGUUAACGAUAUCGCGGAACCUUAAUUUUCAAUUGCAUUGCAUCAUCACUUUUGUAUUUUGUGUUAAAGCAUUUUCGUCGUUAUACCACUCUUGUAUUUUGUUUCGAUGAGAAUUAUUUCGAAUGCUUAUACGUUCCAGGCGGGCGGUAUGUUCCGGAAUUAUCGGAGUUAUAAUAUUUUCACAUUCGUGGAACAAGCAAACAGCUCGUCGACAGCAAGCAAUCAAAGCACACAUACCUCGAUCCUGUGUGAAUCACGCUGUUUGUUUCAAAUGGCACGCGACCUCCCUUGCGCAAAUCCAAAAAACUGUCGAUCGCGCACACGCUCCGGGUGAGACGAGCGAACGUGAGACGUUCGCUUGCCGAUCUCGAUCAAUACAUUUAUCGCUAUUCAUUCGUACGCUUCUUUUCGAAUUAUUAAAAAUCUUCCGUACAAGGUGACAGCCACGCGUCACAACAAUAUCUUGUUUUCUAUCUAAAAAGCUGCGACAGCGGAGUAGUCUCGAGUUAGGUUCUUGCUUUCGUUCAUUGUCGCGAAGAGGAUGACCGACGAGGAGUGCCCGCCGAUUUCGAUUUCGGAAAAGAAAUCGCGCUUCACGAUGACAAAAUAUCUACCGGUGUUCGAAUGGCUACCGCGAUACACUCGAUUCAAAGCCGUGUCAGACAUAAUAGCGGGCAUCACUCUGGGUCUGACUAUGAUCCCUCAGAGUAUGGCUUAUGCAGUACUGGCUGAACGGAUUCCACAGUAUGGUCUGUACUCUUGUUUUGUGGGCGGUUUCGUGUACAUUAUUCUUGGAACUACCAAGGAAGUCUCGAUUGGUCCAUCAUCUUUGAUGUCCCUUGUAACGUUACAGUACACGCGAGACAUGCCGCAAGAUUUCGUAAUACUAUUGUGUUUUCUGACUGGAUGCGUACAAUUUUUAAUGAGUGUACUAAAUCUAGGAUUCUUAGUUGAUUUCAUAUCAAUCCCAGUUACGUCAGGUUUUAUAUCAGCGGGAGCGCUUAUUAUAGUAAUCGCUCAGCUGCAGGGCUUCCUAGGAUUAAAAUACAAAUCGAAAAGUAUUACAGACAACUUGUACCAAUUGUUUAAAAAUAUUAAUAACGUUCGACUGACCGAUUUCACACUCGGGAUUUCCAGCUUUAUCUUUCUUCUGAUCUUGAAAAAACUGAAAGAUAUUGACUAUCCUUGCAUGAGAAACAAGAAGGAUGCUCGCAGAAAUGAAAUUAUAAAAAAGGUACUUUGGUACUUUUCCAUUCUUAGGAACGCUCUCAUUGUGUUUAUUACAUCCACGAUAGCGUACGAAUUUGAAGCGAAUACGGGAUCCAUUCCGUUUAGACUCUCAGGAAAAAUUGAAGCCGGCAUUCCCAAAAUAUCAUUACCGCCAUUCUCAUCGCAAGUAGGAAAUCAAACAUACACGUUUUUAGACAUGUGCGCUCACUAUGGAUUAGGAUUAGGGUUACUUCCUAUCAUAUCCGUCUCGAUGAAUAUAGCAAUAGCCAAAGCGUUUGCGGUAGACACCUCCAUUAACGCGACACAGGAAAUGCUGGCUCUCGGUGUUUGUAACAUGUUAAGCAGCUUCGUGUCGUCGCUUCCAAUCUCCGGUGCAUUUACUCGAAGCGGAGUUGGCAGUGCCAGCGGAGUGCAAACGCCUAUGGCCGGUCUAUAUUCUGGUACUAUGGCAUUACUGGCGUUAAGCUUUUUAACGCCUUAUUUUUAUUACAUUCCACGUGCAACGUUAUCAGCAGUGCUGAUAAGUGCUGUGUUACCCAUGAUCGAUCUAAAGAUCAUAAAAGUACUUUGGAAAGGAAGCAGUAAAACAGAUGCGAUCGCAGCGACAGGCACUUUUGUGCUUUCCAUUCUUAUUGGUAUCGAGAUCGGAUUACUUCUCGGUAUUUUCUUCAACUUGAUCAUUUUUAUCCGAUUCUUCGCAAGAUCGACAUUUCAAAUAGACAACUGCAAGACUCAUCUAGGAAACAAAUAUAUAAUGCUAAAAUUCGAUACCUGUCUCCAUUAUCCCGCAGUAACUUCUUUCUAUGAUAAAGUCAUGAAUUUAGCUACAAAAGACGUUCCUUUGAUCAUAAACUGUAAAACAUUCACUAGUCUUGAUUACACUUCAAUCAAGGGUAUUGAAACGUUAUCGAAAAAAUUAAAUUACGAAAAAAACCAAUUCUGGCUAUUGAAUCUUAAUUCUGAUAUCGUGCAGAAUUUCGAUAUCUUUGCCGACAACAAAUAUAUUCGUUUGAUCAAAAAAAAAGAAAACAUCGCAGAUGUUCUUUAUAAUGAUGCUUUAUCCAAUAAAAAUUCUGAAGAUCUGAUUAAUGUCCCAUUGAAUUCUCAGCAAGAGGAUUCCGAAUUUAUCUCCGAAGAAUUGAUCUUAAUGUCACCAUUGGAAUGCAAAAUUAGACAACAAUAAUUAAACGACUAGAUAGUCUUUAAUUUAGUCUAGCAAUUAUAAAUAUAUAAAUAUAAUUAAAUAAAAUUAUCAGACUAAAACCAAGUUUUUAAA